AUGGCGACAGCCAAGCGCGGGGCUGCAGAGUUCCCUUAUUACUCGAGUUUGAGUAAUUAGCUAGUAUGGAGGUCUCUUAACUGUUUCUUUCUCAACAUGAUAACCAACAUCAUGAAGAAGAGCAAAAAAGAUCAAUCACCUAUGUUUCUAAUAUUUUUAUACUAAACAUACAUCAUCAGAUUACAGCUACUACUGCUUCUUCUGCGCAACCACUGAUCACUUCCAUGUGCCAACUUCCACUGCACUCAGAAGAUCCUUGAUAAAGCUAAAAAGGAGUAAACCCACAAAGAUCUAAGCAGUCUUUGUACAGAGCAAGAAACCCUCUGUAGCAUCAGCCAAAUAAAAAACUAUCCAAGCUUCACAACAAGGUCUUAACCCACAGAAAAUUUUGUUUUUAAGCUGCUAGCUCCCAUUCUGCAAACUUAAGUUUGUAGGCCUCACCUUCAGCCAUUUCUGAGAGCAUUUAAUGAUCUUUUCAGUCAUUGGAUCUAAUGGAAAACACAGAAAACUGUGAAAUGCAAGAUCUUUAGAAGAGGUGGACUUUUAAGGGACAAUUGAGAGAACGAUACUAGUAGAAAAGACAAUAAAGACUUCAGUGAUUCUGAAGCAGACAUAUCUUCAAACUUCAAUAGUGUAUGUAGUUAGUACAUGUCAGUGGAUACACCAGUCCUGGAGUAAAAUAAUUUGUGCAGUAAUUUUUACCAAAAAGAUAAUUUAAUUCAUCUAUAUUCAUGUUUUGCAAUCAUUUAUUAAUUUUCAUAAACAGUACUCCUGAUCAUCAUCAUCAUCAAGAAGUUGUGUUUCAUAUUUAGUGCUGGAAAGGCAACUGCAGUAUACUUCUUGAGAUAAAUGAAAGAAGAACGAUCAUAGAGUAAGAAAUGCAGCACUUUUUGGGUGGUACAAUACUCAAACAUGUAUUUAGCAUUCUGGAUAUCUGAGCUGUGAUUUCUGAAUUUUCCUAUGAAUAUAAUAUGACUGGAAGAGACAACAAUGUGAUCAUAGGAAGCUUAUAGGGGAAAAAACCAAACAAACCAGCCAGUGGAAUGGCAACAAGCGAGAUGGAUUUGCUGUAACCAUGGCAAAUGUGGACACUGGGAAACAAGGAAGGACAAAGAAGAAGUUGAAUUUUCUUGCUCAGGAGCAUGUUACUGCACAGAGAGAUGCCUAGGUCAGUAAGCAUGAUACCUUGUCAUGACGGGCCACCUCGUCAGGUGCUGCUCUGGGAACAUGAUCUACAAAUGAGUGUGCUGUCCCUGCCUGCCUACUUUAGCCCGUACAACGACGGCUCUGUGUGCAGCGAUGGACGGGCUGAUGCUUACGCCCAGCUGGAACUCCGAACUUUAGAGCAGUCUCUGUUGGCAACUUGUGUCGGAAGCAUCUCUGAACUGAGUGAUUUGGUAUCACGAGCAAUGCACCACAUGCAGUGCUUGAACACCAUCCGCCCAGGAAUGAGCCCUGUUCGGCAAACCCGGCAGCAGCAGCCCAUCUCAUGGUCCCCUGAUGCUCUCCACACCCUCUACUACUUCCUACGCUGUCCUCAAAUGGAGUCCAUGGAGAACCCCAACCUUGAUCCUCCAAGAAUGACCCUGAACAACGAACGACCCUUCAUGCUUCUGCCGCCGCUGAUGGAGUGGAUGAGAGUGGCUAUCACCUACGCUGAGCACCGGCGCAGUUUAACUGUGGACAGUGAUGAUAUCAGGCAGACAGCCAGACUGCUCUUACCUGGACUGGACUGUGAGCCCCGGCAGCUAAAACCUGAAUGCUGCUUUAGUUCCUUCCGGAGACUGGAUGCUAAGGCUGCUACUGAAAAAUUCCAGCAGGAUCUGGGUUUCCGAAUGCUAAACUGUGGAAGGACAGAUCUGAUCAACCAAGCAAUCGAUGCACUGGGACCUGACGGGGUUAACACCAUGGAUGAUCAGGGUAUGACCCCACUGAUGUACGCCUGUGCUGCUGGAGAUGAAGCCAUGGUCCAAAUGCUUAUAGAUGCUGGAGCAAAUCUAGAUAUACCAGUUCCCAGUACCUCUCCACGAUACCCUUCGGUCCACCCUGACAGCCGGCACUGGACCGCUCUUACCUUCGCUGUGCUACAUGGGCACAUCUCUGUUGUUCAGCUGCUCUUGGACGCUGGCGCUCACGUCGAGGGCUCUGCCGUUAACAGUGGAGAAGACAACUAUGCUGAGACUCCUCUUCAGCUGGCUUCCGCAGCAGGGAACUACGAGCUGGUCAGCUUACUGCUAAGCAGGGGUGCUGAUCCACUCCUGAGUAUGCUGGAAGUCAAUGGAAUGUCUUCGUCGCUUCAUGAAGAUAUGAACUGCUUCAGUCACUCGGCUGCACACGGGCACAGGAAUGUUCUGCGCAAGCUCCUGACCCAGCCCCAGCAACUGAAGGGGGACGUCCUCUCGCUGGAGGAGAUUUUGGCCGAGGGAGUGGAGAGCGACACCUCCAGCCAGGGUAGCUCCAGUGAGGGGCAAGUCAGGCUAUGUAAAACGCGGAUGAAGGCUCUGCAGGAGGCCAUGUAUUACAGUGCUGAGCACGGCUAUGUAGACAUCACCAUGGAGCUCAGGGCGCUUGGUGUCCCAUGGAAGCUCCACGUGUGGAUCGAGUCACUACGGACAACCUUCUACCAGUCUCGUUACUCAGUCGUACAGACCCUCUUACGGGAAUUUGUCACCAUUAAAGAGGAGGACUAUAAUGAAGAACUGGUUAACGAAGGGUUGCAGCUCAUGUUUGAUAUCCUCAAAACCAGCAAAAAUGAUUCGAUUAAUCAGCAGCUUGCCUCCAUCUUCACCCACUGCUACGGCAGCAGUCCGAUACCCAGCAUUCCUGAAAUCCGAAAGACACUGCCAGCGCGGCUAGAUCCUCACUUUCUAAACAAUAAAGAAAUGUCUGAUGUAACUUUCUUAGUAGAAGGAAAGCUAUUUUAUGCACACAAAGUCCUGCUGGUUACUGCCUCUAAUAGGUUUAAGACACUGAUGACCAAUAAAACAGAACAUGACGGCCAUGGCAGCAAGACCGUUGAAAUCAGCGAUAUGAAAUACAAUAUUUUCAAGAUGCUGAUGCAGUAUUUAUACUAUGGAGGAACAGAAUCUAUGGAAAUUCCCACCACUGACAUCUUAGAGCUGCUGUCGGCUGCCAGCCUCUUUCAACUGGAUGGCCUCCAGAGACACUGUGAAAUCCUCUGUGCCCAGACGAUCAGCAUGGAGAACUCUGUUAACAUCUAUAAAUAUGCAAAGAUUCACAACGCACCUGAACUUGCCUCUUUUUGUGAAGGCUUCUUCCUCAAACACAUGAGCUCUCUCCUAGAACAGGACUCAUUCAAACAGCUCAUCUACAGCAGGAACAGCAAAGUGCAAGGCCUGGACCCUCUGCGGGACUUGCAGACAGCCCUGGCCGGCCGCCUGCACUCUGUGUAUGUCACCUCCAGGGUGUGAAGCAGGAGCACCAGUUCAAACUGCACGAGGACGCGUCAUCAGGCAAAGCUGUGGCUUUCCUCUUUGCCUUCUGGAUCUUGCUGAAAGUCCCCCACCGCAGACGUCCCCAGAAAAGGGUGCUGUGCCUCGGCCCGCUGGACGGAGGGGAGCUGGCUUCUCUGUGCUACUACUGUCACAGAAACACUGUCACAGCGCAAACAGGAACUGAGGAUGCAAGUGAAGAACCCGAACCCAAGAGAAGAUCAACGCUACCGUUGCAACGAGCAUAAUGCAGGGCUGUAGAAAAGUGAGGCAAUUUACCUAGACCCAACACCUCAUAUGUAGUCCUAAGUGUUUGUCUGCACACCAUAAUGGCCACCUAGUUUAUAUGCAUAGAUGUUUUACUUGUAAAAAGGCGGCAUAGAAGGAGUUUUCUAAUCCUACGGCCCACUGCCCACUCAACGAGUCACCUGUCUGAACACAAAGGCUGGCGUACACAAACUACUUCGCUAUAGUAAUAAACACCAGUGUCUGUACAUGUCAAGGGACUUGGACAUCAAUGUUCCCCCAAACUGUUUGCACCUUGAGAGAGAUAUAGAUAUUUUGUAGAUGUUCAAAGCUGAAUAAUACUAACUCUGAAAUUGCUCACUCUUUAAACCUAAUAUGAAGAACCAGAGCUGGGGCAGGGAGGGGAAAAUUGGGUUUUUUUGUAUUUUUUAAUACAGUUUCACUGUGCUAGGUGUUAAUCUGGAUCCAUUUUGAGGAGGGAAAAGAUGACUGUCUACCCUUUCACUAUCAAGGUUUGAUAGUCCCAAUCAUUUUCACCUUAAAAACCUGUUUGCGAAUGUUAUCUGUGAGACCUGACACCAUAGACAAUGCUUUCUAAGAGACUCAGGUGUAGCAGGAGCUAGCACAAUGCUGAAAAACUAUCCAAUAGCAUAAAUAGCAAUAAAAGUCUCCCCAAGACCCUGAGGAACAUACAGCUCAAUGGUUUGUUCUCUUUCUGGAGCUCUGAGCUCUAGUCUGCACUUCCACAGCCCCAUCUGUGGAAUGAUGUUUCCACACACCCGCUACCCAAGGGGACCGGGCACACCUGGCUGGUUCCCAGAGGCAGGCUGCUGUCUGGCAUUUUGCAGCAGCACUGAAGAUGCUUUUGUGUGUGUGCUUUUUUUAAAUUUUAAAUAAUCCCAACCGUAGGAAGGCAGUUAGUCAUGUAAAAAACACAGACCUUGCUCUUACCAAUAGCUUUAAGGAAAAACCUUCAGCUAUUCCCACUGAUCUUUGUUUGCACCUCUGCAAAAGCACGUGCUGAGACGCUUUCAUUCGUUAUAGGUGGGUGAAGGCGUUUUCAGUGGACAACUACUGCUUCUUAGAAAUUCAACAAAUAAUAAUUAUUGUAACUAAACACACUGGAAGAAGGAGGCUCAGCUGGGCCCAAGCUCCAAAGCACAACAUGGACCUGGUUUAGGUAGAUGAAGGGAAGGAGAACCAACUCCAGCAUCUCCCAACAACUCCACCAAACUCUGGCAUCGCCUCAUUCCUAAAGGAUUUACAUGAGAUGCAAACCACGUGCAAGGACAAGAAUGAUUAGUCAGGGCUCAGUAAGGCAACAGACAAGUCAGUCAGGGCACACUCCAAUUCCUGUCUGAGGUACACAUCCACUUCUGGAGAUCACCAGCUUCAAUAACCCUAUUUAUUAUCAGAAAGCCAUACAGGUGUUUCAAAAAUUAUCACUGCUCUACCUGAAAAAUACCACAAACAGCUUUAUCUUGGAAAGUAUUUUCAAGUAGCUGCUCCAGCGAUCUGUACAAAUACGUAGGUCCUCUUUUGUUGCUGUAAUAUUACAAUGCUUUGUUAAUUGUACAUUAAUGUUGUCAUUUAUGUAAAUGUACCAGGAUUUUAUUAACAACGUAAUUUUAAAAUACACAGCUGUUGUUAUUUAUUCUGCUCUUCUAACAACAAGAAAAAAAAC